AUGGAGCACGUGGGGAAGAUAAUCUUUUACCAAGAGCAGAAGUUCCGGGGCGACGUUUACGAGUGCAGCAGCGACUCUCCUGAGCUGAGCGGCCACCUGAGUCGCUGCAGCUCGGUGCGUGUUAAGAGUGGUGCCUGGGUUCUGUUCGAGAGGCCAAACUACUUGGGCGACCAGUACGUCCUCACCAGGGGCGAGUACCCAGACUACCACCACUGGAUGGGCAACAAUGACAGCAUCCGCUCCUGCCACAUUAUCCCCAGUUUUUCUGGCACAUUCCGACUCUGCAUCUUCGAGAAUCCCGACUUCAGUGGUCAAAUGUUGGAGUGCAUGGAAGAUAUUAACCAGCUGUCAGACGUUUGGCCCCCGGGUGCUGUCCACUCGGCCCAAGUGCAGGACGGCUCCUGGAUCUUCUACAAGCAUCCCGACUUUCGCGGACGGCAGUACCUGUUGGAAAGGGGCCAGUACCGCCGUUUCGGAGAGUGGGCCGCCAUGGAGCCCACAGUGGGAUCCCUUAGGCGUGUCCGAGACAUUUAA